CAUCACCUAAUACAAUUCCAGCAUGUCAAACCUAAAGAAGUUAAAACAAACACGGCGAAAAUCUUUGAAGAAAACAGAUUAGAAUUGGGGGAGGGAUCCCACCCACGGGAUCAAGCUCCAACCCUCUCCCUCACUGCCUUUUCUAAAAAUCUUCUCUGAUCAGAAAAAUUACCUAAAAGAAACAAACCCAGAAGAUGCACAAUCUCCUUCGGUGAGCUCUGGAGUUCAGCAAUCGUCUUCCUCUCACUGCCACCUCCGGCAAUACCCAAACUCAGACGAAAGAAAAACCCUUCUUUCUCCUCCUCGUAGUCUCCCUCUACUACUCAAAGAACCAGAUAGAGACCCCAAAAUCCAACUCCAAAAUCAACCAAAAGACCUCCUUCCUCAUCUGAUUUUUUCUAUAUAUAUACCCAAAUAAAAAAAAAUAAAAUGAAAUAAAUAAAAAUAAAUAAAAAACUUGCUCCAUCAAUCACUAAUGAUGCCGAUUUUGUCUGGUAUGUGCUGUUUUUUCUGUAGGUGAGGCAGGGGCAUGGCUGUAGCGUGCAGGAGGCAGGGGCGCGCGGGAUUGAGGUGCAGAGUGCAGGAGGCACAUGCUCGGUGCAGCAGCAGGGGCACAGGCGGCAAGGGCAGGGGCACAGUGCAGAAGAGAGGGGGGCGUGUAGGUGGGAAAGGGGCAAGGCUCGGGUGUGAGGCAGGGGAUCUGGGCUCAGGGCAGAGGAGGGUGCAGGCGCGCAGGGGGUAGGGCGCGUCGGUGUGCAAAGGGGGGGUGUAGGCAUGCAUGAUUGCCGGUGAUGGCUGACGGAGGGCGCCGGCUGGUUUGGGGAGGAAGUUGGUUUGGGAGAGAGAAAAGUAGAAAUGGAAGAGGAAGGGGAAGGGGAAGGUUCGAGAUGCCUUCCCCUUUUUUCCCCUUUUUUUUUUUGUUUUUCUUUCUCUUUUUUUUUUUUUUUUUGGGUCUUUAUGGUUUUUGGGUUUUGUGUUUUGGGCUUGGGUUUUGGGUUUUGUGUUUUGGGUUUGGGUUUUGGGUUUUGUGUUUUAGUGUAGAUAGGUUUUGGGUUUGGGUUUUUGGGCUUUGAUUUUGGGUUUUUGGCUUUGAGGCUUAAAAUUGGAAUGGGAUGGUGUUGGAUUGGGUUUGGUUUUGAUAGGCUCAAUAUUGGGAAUGGGCUGGACUUAUAAAUUCGUCUCGAUGAA